AUGCAUUUCACUCGACGCGCAAUCUCGCCGCUUGCCUCGUUCGUUGUCGACGAGCGUGUCGGCACCGUGAACUCGUCGCUCUCCAGAAGGCCGCUGGUACACAUCGACGAUAUCGCGAUGCGUCAAAAUUCAUCGUAUUCAAGCUUAGCCGAGGAUGACGUUGAGUCUCAAGUGAUGUCGAUGGCGCGUCUCGUGCGCGUCUUCUUCGCCGUUGACAUCGAGAACCUUCAGCCGCACCACACGGUGUUCGUCGUCGGCAACGUGGAGAGUCUCGGCAAAUGGGUGGCGACGCAAGCGAUGCCACUUCAACAGGAUGAGCACAAGAAAAUCCGCUGGCGUGGUUCGAUCGAGACGAAAGAGAAUCAACUCAAAUUUCGCUAUUUCGUCGGCUAUUAUUUGAACGCGGAUGGCGUCGAUAAGCUGAUCGUUGACAAAUGGGAGGCGUUUCUGAAUCCGCGCUCGACACUAUGCCAAGUUGAGAAUCGCGACGGCGUGUGCCGCAUCGAUCGCGUCGAUCUCUUCGGAUACUAUGCUGGCCGCAAAUGUGUGUCGGAUGGUUGGCUGCAGCACGCCGAAGAGAACCAAAUAUUGUUGCGAUUGCACGGCAACGCGCUCAAAUUCUACAAGACCGCCAAAGAGCGCAAAAAUUGCCGCGUGAAAUUGACGCCGCUCGACGUCCGAUACAAACAGUCAAGCGGCGCCCACAUCAGCUUCAGCUAUGGCGAAGACGAGGACGAUGAUGACGACGAGACGACGAACUCGCCGCCGCCGUGCACACAUUCGCAGACGCACGUCGCCGUGCUGUCGGACCCGAAGCCGAAGUUCUACGAGCAAGACGAGACGGGUGUGGUGUUCAACAACAACAAGGAUUACAUUGUGUUUCGGACGCACUCGAUAGCCAACGACUAUUUGGCGUUCUACAUCGAGAUCUUCUCCGAGGAGAGGAAGCGAAUCGGCGCGUGCUACGCGUUACCCAACUCGAUGCAGGACACUUGCGGCCUCACCCAAUUGCCGUUCAUCAACACGUCCGGUCGUCCGAUCGGCCAAAUCACCAUCGAAUAUUUGUUCGUGAAGCCGCUCUGCCUCGGACGACCCCAAUUGAUGGAUUUGACGUAUUGUCGGCAUUGGAAGAAGCGCAACGCGUUGGAGGUUGGCCAUCGCGGCGCCGGCAACUCGUACACAAAAUUCGCCAUGUCGCGCGAGAACACGAUCCAUUCACUGAACACGGCGGCGAAGAACGGCGCCGACUACGUCGAGUUCGAUGUUCAAUUGACGAAGGACAAAAUCGCGGUCAUCUAUCACGAUUUUCAUGUGCUCGUGUCGGUGGCGCGACGCGACGGCAACGCGACGCCGGUGCCGGAUCCGAAAGACGUCGGCAAUAUGGAUUUUCACGAGUUGCCCGUAAAAGAUUUGAAGUUGUCGCAACUCAAAUUGUUGAUGCUUGACCAUUUGAGUUUCCCGCAACGCAAAGAGAAUGUGAAAAAAUUGGUGGAGCAAGGCGAAAUGGAGGAGGACUUCAAGCCGUUUCCGACGCUCGUCGAAGCGUUGACAAAAGUCGAUCCGGAUGUCGGAUUCAACGUCGAGGUCAAAUAUCCAAUGAUGCAGAAUAAUGGACUUCACGAAUGCGAUCACUAUUUCGAGCGCAAUCAAUUUGUUGAUAUCAUUUUGGCCGACGUUCUCAAUCAUGCCGGAAGUCGGCGAAUCAUGUUUAGCAGCUUCGAUCCGGAUAUUUGCUCAAUGGUGGCGACGAAGCAAAACAAAUAUCCGGUGCUGUUUUUGUGCGUCGGCGAUACGCAGCGAUACACGCCGUUCCAAGACCAACGCACGUCGACGUCGAUGACGGCGGUGAAUUUCGCCGUCGGCGCCGAUCUGCUCGGUGUCAACUUCAAUUCGGAGGAUUUGCUCAAAGAUCCGAUGCCGAUCAAAAAGGCGAACGAGUUCGGAAUGGUGACGUUCGUGUGGGGCGAGGAUCUCGACAAGAAGGAGAACAUCAAUUAUUUCAAAAAAGAGCUCGGUGUCGAUGGCGUCAUUUAUGAUCGAAUCGGCGAAGAGGAGCGUCGUCGCAACGUCUUCAUUGUCGAACGUGAGCAGAAGCGUGUGCUUCUGAGUUGUUCGGGCGCGUCGACGCCUCAACGCGCGCCAUCGCCGGUGCUCCUCGACAACAACAACUCGUCGAGUCAGCCGGUGCCGCUGGCGGCGCACGCCCAACGCAUAAUCCAUUCGGAUCCGGUGCUCAUCGAAGAGGACGAAGACGAGCACGCCGGCGGCGGUGGCGGCGACGACGAUGAGAAGAAGCUCGCCAUCGAAACCGAGAAGCUCACGCUGAAAGGUGCGCAAAGCUCAUUCGACGUCUCGCAUUCGACACCGAUGGUCAAAUAA